GGUUACUGGGUCUGGUUACUGGUUAGUCAGCAUCUCGACCGUAGUGCACGCCACACGUGCGUCCGCCACAGCGUGCAAGUAUUAUAAUAGCAGUGUACCGUGCGUGUGUAUAUUUUGUUCAUCGUACUUAACAGUCUUUCUGGUAGUACGUGUGUGUCGUCGGGGUUUUUUUUUUUUUGCAUCCGUUCAAUUGGUUCAGUUUGGUCGAACAUACUAAUAAUAAUAAUAAUAUUAUAACAAUGAUUAUAAUGCACACGGUCCAAACUAGCGACCACCCGGCUUUAUCGCUCCACCGGACCGUCUACACCUGGUACCACCAAAUACAGACUUGACAAAAACGGGUUUUCUGGAAAUGUCAACCAAAUUGAAACAAAUAUGUCUGAUUAGCAACUUACGUGAACUGUACGUUUUAAAAAUCUGCGACGUCGUUGGUGAAACACAAUUUGCAAUCUUACGGACCCAAAGCAGCAGUGGCCAGACACAUGGCCGCCACCGUGGCCACCAAAGAUUUCGUCACCGUUGUUACGGUGGACGGGGUCCGUCCACCGCGGCAGGUCGACACGUUCGUCACGGUGCUGGCCAUCGGGGAGAACACGUCCGUGCCGGCGAACAUCGCCCCUGGGACACCGCCGGCCGCCGAAGAAGUGCUGGUCUACCGUCUACCCGGCGAAAGGCUGGGCUUUGGUUUACGGUUCGACGGCGUGGACACGUGCAACCGGCUGUUCGUCCAGUCCUGCGCCAACGGCAGUCCCGCGUCCCGUACGGAAGCCUCUUGGGGACCUCUCAGUCCCGGCGACGAGAUCGUCCGGAUCAACGGCCGUCCCGUCAACCGGAUGAGUCGCGACGACUGCGUGCGGUGCCUCAAAGAGUCCGGGCUGGUUGUCAAGUUGCACAUGGUAGACGGACGGUCGACGAUCAAAACUCCGCCGCCCGUGCCACCUCGCAAACAGAAAAAACCCGAACCGGUGCCACUGGCGUCGUCUAUCUACACGGACGCCGUCGAAAGAUUCGUAUACCACGGCGAGUCUGGGUCGGACGACACCAACAGUAGCGUGUCCACGGUGGUGUCCAAGUGUCCGGCGUUUGUGGUGCCGGACAACGAGUCGUCCAAGAAUUGCGUGCUCGACCGCGUGCUGGAGCCGUUCAUGCAGUUGGAACGGGAGUUCUCGUCGAGCGCGGCCAUCGGCGACGACGUGGGCUUGUACGAAAAACUGGUGGCCGUCGCCGAGGAGGACCGUCUGCCACCCAAACCGUUGCCGCGCAAAGAAGUGCGACCCAAGAAAAAGCCGCCACCGCCGCCGCCGCCGUUACCCGCAGGCCCGCCGCCUCCCGCAUACCGGUUGCCGCCCAAACUCGUUAACGUCGUCCACAAAGACGAAACAAACGACAAAGACAGUGACGAUUACAUUAAUUCGGAUCCAACACCUCCAAUCAAAUGUCCAGAACCCAACGACGACGUGACCACCAAAAGGACAACAGGACCGACUGACGACGACAAGCCCAAAGAAGAAGUCCAAAAUAAAAACGACAAAGCGAUGGAUGUGGUCACGGAUAUAACUUCGUCGUUCAACUAUGGGCCGGAACGAUUUUACGCCGGUAGCGAAUUCGGAAGGCCGGAAACGAUGAAAUCUACGUACGAGAUUAUAUUGUCUCGAUCCGACGACUCGGAGUCGACGGACGGUACCACCGCGGCAAAGAGGCCCAUGGCGAUCAACGGCAAUAGCAACAGCUGCAAGUCGACGGAAGACACGUGCAGCAAAUCGAGCGUCAGGGACAAGAUAGCGCUAUUUUCGUCGCGGGCCGCCGCCGAAUCGAGGUCCGACAAAAAAGACUCGACCUCGUCGUCGUCAUCGUCCGCGUAUUCGUCGGGCUCGCCAGACUCGUCGCCCCUUAGCACGCCACCCGUUUCGACUCGGGGUAGCAGUACUCUGCCACGAAAUCCGUCGGCCGAACGCUGCCACCAACGAAAUCAAUACCAAACACAGGUUUCAGUGCCGGCAACGGCCGAUGAGGCCAAGACACCGUUGACGCGGGCCAUCAGUUUCACGGACACGGCGUCACAGUAUCACCGGCGGUCUCAGAGUCUGGUGGAACCGUACAGCAAGUACUUCAACACAAUGAACACGUACGCCGAAAUGGGACGAUCGUCGUUGAAUACACUCAUUGAACAGCGGCGACGCAGCAUGUCUAAACUCCGCGGAUUGGUCAUACCGGAAAAGGCCAACAUGUCCGUCGACGACGACCGACACCCGGCCAUUCCAGAUCUGCCGGAGAUCAAGAGCAAAGACGUCGUGGACACCGGCGACGUCGAAUCCAGACCGGUGUUUUGUCCGCCGACCAAGACUUACGUCAACAGGCCGGUGACGGGCACGGUGACGCGAUACGCCAGUCCGGUGAAGACCGUUCGGGCCGUACAACCGUCGGCUAUACCGGCGGCGGCCGCGGUGGUGGUCGUCGAAGAACAGCACUCGUCUUCGUCAUCUUCGUUGAAUUCCAGUCGGGAAGAACUCAGGCACAUUAUACAAGACGAGCGACCGAACAGGGAAUCGAUCAUCGGCUUGUCAAAGUCCAAGGCGGCCGCGUUCAAAGGCGACAGCGACGAGGAUUCGGCGUUGAGUUCAAGCCGGUCGAGCAUUUCGCAGUACUCGCCGACGUCAUCGCCAUCGCCCAACCGGUGCAUAAUGGCGGCGGCCGAUGAAGUCAACGGGUGCAGCAAGCGCGUGUUGAAACCCGAAAGCGUAGAGGCCAUCAACCGAAAGAACGUGUUGUGCUCGGCCAGAAACAGCAGCGGCAAGCCCGAACCAUUGUAUCCGUUAUGUAAACCGACGGCCGGUCGUCAACCACAGCAACAGCCGACGUUGGACACGUUGUGGUCUUCCGACCCGGUUCGGCCGUGCGUCAACGGCAACAACGUCAAGACUGAGUACUACGCUAUGGACGUAUCCGCCAACGACAGGCAGCCGAAAGGCAAGUCUAAAUACUCGCACAACCGUAUGUCGUCGAUGGAAUCGACCACCAGCGAGGACUCGUCCAUGCAGUACGUGAGCGCCGAGCAGUUCGGCAGCAUCAGUUCGCUGGCAUCGUCCACUAGUCUGAUAUCGCAGCAGGAACUACAGCAGCUAAUCGAGGACGCCAAUCAAACGCUCGAGGAGUCGGCCGUCGUGCCGUCCCAAACCGUUGAAGUCAUGGUCGUCAUACUGCACCGGGACAGUGCCACCAGCAGCGUCGGCAUAACUCUUGCGGGUGGUGUCGACUACGAGACUAAAGAGAUAACAGUCUACAAAGUAUUAGCUGGAAGUCCGGCUGAUAAAGAUGGGCGCGUUAAGAAAGGUGACCGUAUACUAUCAAUUAACGGCAAGAGCAUGAAAGGAAUUACACACCGAGAAUCACUGGCUAUACUUAAAGCACCACGAUCCGAAGUAGUAUUGGUAUUAUCCAGAUGUAAAUCUGAAGCGAGUGCAGAACCAAACGGAUUACCUCAGCUAGCUGAAAUAUCAAAUUCCAUUGAAACCAAAAACAACACGAGUAAUCAAACUUUUGGACCAAUGGUCAAAGUGAUUCUGUCUAAAGACGGUUCUGGUUUGGGUUUCAGUCUAGAAGGGGGAAAAAAUUCGCCGUCUGGAGAUCAACCUUUGACAGUGAAAAAAAUUUUCACAGGUGGAUGCGCCGAACAGUGUGGACAGAUAUUGGCUGGAGAUGAACUAGUAUCGGUAAACGAUAUAGACGUUACUGGUAUGUCGCGCACCGAAGCUUGGAACUUGAUGAAGAGAUUAGUUAACGGGACCGUUUCGCUCGGCAUACGUCACAUUACAUAAUCUUCUUGCUGUGAGCUAUUUAUUCAUAAAUAAAUAAGUAGUGGUAUUCGGGUCCGUCAGUAGGCGUUAAACUCCUUUACCAACAACAUAAAAAUAUGUUUUCUUAAACCUAAUUAUUAUGAAUAUUUAACAAUAACUACCACAAAUUAAAAUAAAAUUAAUUUGUGAUAAAAAUGUAUAAAACUUAUUUAUGAAUAGUGUACAUAGAGAGUGUUAUCUUAUCUAUAUGUUGAUUAUAUAUAAUAAUAUUAUGAUUUUUAUAUUAUUUUAUGUUCAUUUUCAUUUUACAUAUUGUGCCAUUGUGAUUUCUGUU